AUGACAUCAUUAUGUUGGGAAAUGAUGCCACGUUGGUUAACACUCUCCUACGUCGCAUAUCCACAGCUUUCAAGAUCCGAGACCUUGGCACACCGAGGGUUCUUUCUUGGCAUUGAGACAAUCGCGGUUGAUGGUGGUUUAGUGCUCUCACAGCGCUGCUACAUGACUGACAUACUUAGCCGGUCCGGAAUGGUGGAUUGUAAGCCGCUAGCGACUCCAGCUGCUGUCACACAAGUUGUUACUCCUUCAUUUAUGCACUCUCCCACUAACGACCACUGGGGCCUACUGAAGUGGGUGUUGCGAUACGUCAAAGGCACUCUCGACUAUGGUUUACGCCUCUCGGCUUCUUCCUCCUCCGCUAUUCAUGCAUUUUCAGAAUCAGAUUGGACCGGUUGUCCGAUAGACAGGAAGAGUACUACUGAAUACGCUAUCUUUUUGGGUUCCAACCUCAUCUCUUGGCUCUCACGGAAGCAGCGCACCGUUGCUCGCUCAUCCACUGAAGCUGAGUAUAAAGCACUGGUAGAUGUCUCGGCAGAAGUAACAUGGGUUGUCUCGUUACUGCGAGAACUUGAUUUACACUCCGGUUAA